AUGCCGACACGAGUUCAAGGAUUUCUGCAGCGCGAAGCCGAUAGCAUUGCUCCGAAGUCACUAUUGAAACAGUCACAACAAAGUCCUAUACCACCAAGUCCUCACUUACUUGAAGAUGCACUUUCAAGUUCCAUUGUCGAUGCAUCUCCAAUAAAGAGUCCAUCAUCACCUACUCUUUCCUCCAUUAAGCAGGCAAUGAGUCGUAAGGGGUCGACUAAGACUGUCCGGAAAGAGUGGAAGGAACCUGAGUACUUUGAAGUUCUCAAAGCUAUCGAGAAGAAGGAUAUAAUGUAUCUCAUGGAGAUACGAGACCGAGCAUUUCAUCUGCUUGUACGCCCAUCAGGAGGCGUACCUCCUCUCGUACACGCAAUGCGAAUAGGCAAGUCGCACAACGAGGUAGCAAUAGUUCUCCUUGGUGCUUUCUCUCGGUUCGUCAACCACCUGUCAGAUGAGGAUUUCCAGACAAAAGCGACGAAGGAUUUGCUGAAGAGUCUUCGAAUAUCACUCAAACAAGCCAUUGACUUUGGUCUAUACGUCGAACAGAGUGACUUGAUAGCUUCUUUCAUGCAGACGCUUAUCAUGAGCGAAGGAGACCAGUGGGUUGUCAAUCAAGUGGCAGAUGUUUCGCUUGCACUGCGGUCUGGAACAGCUGGAAAACCGGUAUCUGUCGCGCAGAAGGCUGUGCGAAGGUUUGCAACUAAAGAACUUGGCAAAGCUAAAUCUAUUGCCGCACUGGAGGACUAUGUGGCGAAUGCUACAGCAGAUUUACUGAUGAUGGGUGUGUGGCAAAUCGCACUCGACACGAUUGAUGACGAUGCAUUACCGUAUUACUAUUUUGCUCGCGAUGAUCGUGUUUAUAAGGCGUUCAUCGAGCGCUUGGACAGGCAUAAGGGUGCUAUACAACGUACGCUCAGCAGAAGAGCGAAGUGGCAAAUCAGAGUGCUCAGAACAGGUUUGGAGGGUCGGAAUACGACAUGGAGGAGCAAGGUCGAACUCCUGGCUGCAGAACUCGAUGAAGGUGCAGGCGUAUAA